CAGCAAGCUCUGUAUGAGCAAAGCAAUGUGGAGUAUCAAACCCUAGCCAGCUCUCACACCUCGAAUUCAUCCACCAAUCUCCACAUUCUGAGACACUCUCCAAUCUACAAACUGUUUCGAGAGUCAAUCUUUGCGCUUCCAAAGAUGCUCUGUUCAAUCUCAACUGGUAAAUCCGGUUCGAAAUGGCUCGACCGUCUCCGAUCAUCCAAAGGCUUUCCGGCCGGCGACGACCUCGAUCUCGAACAAUUCCUAAGUCACCACAACCCUAACAUCGCCAAUUCUUCAGAUACAAAAGCCGCGUGCUCAAACACAAACCACAUUGAUCCAAAAUCAAACUCCAAUUCGUCAACUCAGUCCGACAAAAAGCCAAUUCUUGAUAGCAACCAAGACCCGGAGGUUUCGCAACAAAAUGAUGGCAAAGUGUUGUUCAAUGUUUUAAACAAUGUUCUCGCUGAGCUUUUUAACAUGGGAGACUCCGAUAAUUUCCCGAUAAUUAAUCGGAAAAAGAGUUGUCGGAAACAGCCGAACCCUAGAAUUUUUGUUGUUUCGACAUCUACAAAUAUUGACGAUAAUACUUGCAAACAUGAUGUUGGUAGAGAAGAAAAAAUUUAUCCUACGUUGCCGACCAAUGGUGAUAAUGGUCGUGUGGCGAUAAAGGAAAUGAGUGACCUUCUAAAGGCCACGGCACAAGAAGAGGAAGAGUAUGUUAAUGUUGGUGAAGAGGAGGAGAAAUGUCAUGCAGAUCUUUCUGAGUUUUCGAGGACUGAAGUCACGGUGAUAGAUACAAGCUGUCCGUCGUGGAAAUUUGAGAAGUUGUUGUUUAGAAGGAAGAAUGUGUGGAAAGUACGGGAUAAGAAGAGUAAAGUGAUGAAAGUCGGGAAGAAGAAAAGGAAGGCGAGUGCAUUGGAGGAGGAGAGCGUUGGUAGAGAGAAUAAAGCAAAUGUUGCUGUUGGGCAGUGUGGUUCUUCCAAGGAAGGAAAUUAUGGAGAAGAGGGUCUAAUGCCACCAAAUGAAGAUCAUCAUCGGAGUGACAAAGCUGUAGAAGUAUGGCGAGAAACAACAGCUGUUCUAAACCACGUUCCUAAAAAGAAGCAAAUGGACUUGUCUCCCAGCAAAUUGAAAAAGGAAGGUUCUUCUGAUGUCCUUAUUAAAAGCAUUCCUUCAAGUAAGAAAAAUAGGGCAAGCAUUGGUAAAAAGCUGUCUGAAGUUUUCUGAAAAAAAAAACACAAAUCUUGAUGAGUAAGCUGUUUUGAAGUGGAAGCAGCCAGUCAUCUGUAGGACAAUUUACUAUUUAACUGAUGGCACAAUCUGAGAGUUCUACCAGCGUAUGUUCAAUGUUUCACAUUAUGAGCCAUUGCAAAUUGUAAGGCCUUUGAGGACAUCCGACUGAAUUAUCUUGACCAAUUGAACAAUUUUUGAAUUUGUUUUAUUCUCCUAGGUAUCAAUAUGCAACAUUUUAUUCAUUUUGACAUGUUCUUUUCUUUCCUGGAAAAUAUU